AUGAAUAUUGCCACCCGUGAAGAUGUGGUCACAGAGGUGGUUACAGAGGUGGCAGCAACCAACUCACCCGCCGGUACAGCGCCAGUUUAUCGUAUAGAAUUGCAGCCGCGACCACAUGUAUCGUUCGACGAAAGCGUCGUGGACAACGAACAUUUGGGUCGUAGGCGCUCGAACAAAUGCUGCAUAUUUCACAAGAAGAGGGAUUUCGAUGAAAGCUCUAGUGAUAGUAGCGACUCUGACGACUCACAAAGCGAAAGUGAAGCCCAUCAACAUUCACGUGACUGCAAGCAAAAGCGAUGGCUUAAUCCGAAGAAAACGAAGAAAAGUGCGUCAUUGCCGUCUUCUUCCAGUAAGGAAGAGAUGUCUACGCCCGAAAAACCGCCGAGUUCAAGACAUUCAAAUACAGUUGAGCCUUGUAAGGGGAUUAAAAAGUAG